AUGUCUAAUUCAUCACAAAGUGACGGUGAAGAUUUUAAUGGACGUCUGAAUCAACUGCGUGAACAAAACGUGAAUAAUUAUGCUGCACUGCGUAUUCUUUGGACACAAUCAUCACCAAGUAUAUCACCGGAUAAUAGUAACGAUAGACGUUUGGAUCAGCCGAUGGAUCAAAAUCCGGAAUACUACCCGGAUGCACAGCCCCUUGAACUAUUAAUAGAGGGUUAUAACAACAGUCUCAGAAAUCGCGCCCUGAACCGAACUGGAGAUAGCGGCUAUUUAACACGUCCGGAGUCACCCAUAAUAUUGAUGGAUAAUUGGGAACGAUAUUUUCCGAGCCCAAUUUAUGAACCAUCGUUAACUCAAAAUACACCGCCACAAAAUACACCGCCGUCGUCGCCGCAGGACAAUGAAAUAUCAUGUCAAGAUUUAUUUCCAGAACUUGAAGCAUCGUCAUCUAUAGACUCGCCGAAUAUGUUAAUUCCCCAUGCGCCUAUAAGAUCACACACGACGCAGUCUUCAUGCCAGCCAUCGGUCGAAAUGGAUUGGAGUGAUGACGGAAAUAACGAGCAACUCAAUAGACUUAUGGACAAGUAUGAGGGGUGGGGUAGUGAUUAUGAUGAAAUAAAUGAGUUGUUUUUAAAAAAGCAUAAUAAAUAA